AUGUCGAGCCAACCAAGGGAACCGCUGUUGUCUUUAGAAGCUAAUGUAUGGGUAACUUGGGCUAAUAGAACAAAUCAUCCAGAUUUCUGUCUUAGCUUGAAAUCAGCAGGAGAGCCUUUUCGCACUUGUUUAAUUGGUUGGCCUGAUUAUGAUUUGUCCGCUUUUCAACAUUUUGUAUAUAGCGUUAAGAAGUGUAAUUAUAGUGAAACGGCUACCCGUAGUGCGUGCUUGAUUGGUCAACUGAAUAACACCCUUCCGUGGGAUCCUCAGGAAUUGGAUUUAUUAGGAUCUCGAACAGCAAGUAAUGCCUCAGGAGACAUUAAAUGUCUCUUGUUCGGUCCAGGAAGUACUUAUGAUAAAUUUGCUAUGCGUCUCACUAGGCCACAAAAUCCCUUAAGUCCUUAUCACGGCAAACCAUGGACUUCUGUAUUUCCUCGGAAUGUAGGAGCUUUUGCCUUUAAUAACUAUUGUGGUGGAAACUUUAGCAUAGGCAAUGCGUAUGGUCUUAGGUACACCCGUAUUUCUGGGAGGUUACAGCAGGAGACCCUAGUCAAUAUGAAUACAGCAAAAGCCCUUCCCCCCGGUAUAUUUCUAAUUUGUGGGGAUAGGGCAUGGGCCGGGGUACCUAAGAAUAUAGUAGGAGGACCCUGCUAUUUAGGAAAGCUAACCUUCUUUGCACCACGGCGAGCGGAAUGGAUGAACAUCAAUAGGAUGCUAUCUGGAGAUGACCGCCUGAGGGAUCGAUGCUCGGCAAUGAUUCUGGCUGAAGAUUGUCGUGACGAGGUACAGCUAUGGACGGUCACUGCGAACAUCUUUGUGUCUAUCCUAGCACCAGGUCUGGCGGCUGCACAAGCCUUGAAGCAGAUUGAGCGAUUGGCAUGUUGGACAGUCAAACAAAGCAAUAUUACGUCCCAGAUUCUUGAGGAAAUGCUGGAGGACAUGGACAGUUUACGGCACGCGGUGUUGCAAAAUAGAGCAGCUAUAGACUUUUUGCUGUUAGCGCAGGGACGCGGGUGUACUGAUUUUGAGGGAAUGUGUUGUUUUAAUUUGUCUGAUCAUAGUGAUUCCAUACAUAAGCAGAUUCGCUGGCUCCUGAAUCACACGCAAUCUGUGAGUAAAGAUCAUAAUCCCAUAGACGAUUGGCUUCGUUCUACUUUUCCAGGCCUUUCCUCAUGGGCAUACGGCCUGAUAAAAGAAGGUUUGCGAUGGUUACUGAUCUUGCUAUUGAUAAUUAUAGGUGGACGAAUUGUAUAUGGCUGUCUUCAAAGGGCAAUCGAUCCCCCUCGAGCCAUGCCGGUAUUUAGUACAACGUUUUCGACGAAUGAUUUUAUUCAAGAUUGGCUUAAAGAGCAAGGAGGUCAUAGCUCCUUGGAAUAUCUUGAGAUGCGCCCAUAAAAUAAAAAGGGGGGAAUUGCAGU